UGUGUGUGUGUGUGUGUGUGUGUGUGUGUGUGUGUAUGAGAAGCUGACCUGGACACUACAACACUACACUAACAAGCAGCCUCAACUAAAAUUUGGGGGUCGUCGUCUAGGCGACAGAGUGCAGCAGCGGGUGUGGAGGUGGUAUCCAUGGCGAUGACGGCACUGUUUGGUGGGAAGAAGAAGAGAGCGGAGAGGGAGGAGGAGAGGAAGGCCCCCCCCGCGCCCCUGGCGGAGGAGAGACAGAGAGAGAGAGAGAGGGAUGGAGAGACCGACGGAGAGAGAGAGAGAGAGGGAGAGAGCGCCCCCAUCAGGAGAAACUCACGCUUUUACCGCUCAAUGAGGAAGAAGAGAACCAGAGAACCAGCAGGAGACCAGCAGCCCAGCCACGCCCCCUCUCCACAGUCAUCACGAGACCCCCGGAACAAGAUCACUUCCAGUGCACCGCAAUCUCCUCCAUAUCAGAGUAGACCUGCAAGUGCGUUGCCAAGCAACGGGCUGUCACGAAGCCCACGUGCUACAAGGGGCGGGGCCUCGUCUCCGCUGACGACGGCAGAAGACUGGCGAGGCAGUCGAGGGAUGGAGGACCUCACCAAACGCGCGGAGGAAUGCUCCUUACAAACACACACACACUCACACACAACUCGCUCACAAACACGCACUCACCAACGCACAAAAAUGGCACAGCAGACCCAAAGGACGUCAGCCUACGGAUGAGUUCUGAGGAUGUUGAGAGGAUGGACACACCCUCCCACUGUUUAAACAUUGUGAAGAACGUGGAAUGUCUCUAUCAGGAGUACCGUGUGAACUCCAAACAGCAGGAGGUUGAAGAGCGUCGACGAGUGGAGCGGGAGUCUGCAGAGACACACACACACACACACACACACACACACACUGCUGCCGUCCAGACACGCACACACACACACACACACACUUCUGCCGUCCAGCUCCAACUGCGCAGCAGCAGCCUCAGUCUCUGGCAGAAUCUGCCCGCUGUCACACACCUGCUGCCCAACAUGAGCCACAGGGACAUCAUCCUUCAGGAGGCCAUGUUUGAGCUGGUGACAUCAGAGGCUUCCUACUAUAAGAGUCUGGAGCUGCUGGAGACUCACUUCCUGCGGAACGUUGACCUCAUCAACACACUCAGCCAAUCAGAUGCUCACUUCCUGUUCUCCAACAUCCAGGACGUCAUGAAAGCCAGUGAGAGUUUUCUCAUGGACCUGGAGCACCGUCUGGAGGAGAGUAUCCUGAUCUCGGAUGUGUGUGACAUUGUGUACCAGCACGCCCAAACACACUUCAAUGUCUUCAUCACCUACGUCAUCAACCAGGGAUACCAGGAGAAGCACUUCCGGCGUAUCAUGCAGGAGAACGGGCCAUUCCAUGAGAUGAUGCAGCAGCUUGUGACUCAGCCGUGUGUGAGAGGCCUCACCUUCACCUCCUUCCUCAUCCUCCCCUUCCAGAGAAUCACUCGUCUCAAACUACUGGUGCAGCAGAAGAUAAGAAUGACCCAUCGCCAGCGGAGAUUAAGCCACACCCCCAUCAGGUCCCUCCCAACGCGUAGCCACGCCCACAUUUUGCCCGGGGGGGCGGGGACAGGGUAG